AUGUCGUCCUCCAGCAGACCCUAUCACCUGGUCAUUUUUGGAGCCUCCGGCUUCACUGGACAGUUCGUGGUGGAGGAGGUGGCCCGCACCAUCUCCGAGGGUCCGGGUGGGACUCUAAAGUGGGCCGUGGCGGGGAGAAGCAAGCAGAAGCUGGAGAAAGUAGUGGGGCAGGCCGCCGAGAUUCUCGGUAAACCAGAGUUGAGGUCAGAGGUGGACAUCAUCAUUGCAGACGUGGGCCAGCCAGACUCCCUGGCGUCCAUGUGCAGACAGGCGGUGAUCGUCCUCAACUGUGUGGGACCUUACCGGUUCUAUGGGGAACCCGUGGUCAAAGCAUGUGUGGAGAAUGGAGCUCACCACAUCGACAUCAGUGGAGAACCACAGUUCCUGGAGGCCAUGCAGUUGAACUACAACAGUCAGGCGGCUGACGCCGGAGUCUACGUCAUCGGCAGCUGUGGUUUUGACUCCAUUCCUGCAGACAUGGGAGUCAUCUACACCAGGGAGCAGUUCAAGGGGACGUUGACUGCAGUAGAGAGCUUUCUCACCAUUGGCUCAGGACCAGAUGGUGUGUGUAUCCACGAUGGCACAUGGCAGUCUGCUGUCUACGGUUUUGCUGACAGCAACAAUCUUCAGAGUCUAAGGAGGAAGUUCCAACACAAACCUCUGACCUACGUGGGCUCCAGGCUCCGACGCAGAGGGAAUCUGUUCUUCAGCUCUGAGAUCCAGCAGUACUCUCUUCCCUUCAUGGGCUCAGAUCCUUCUGUUGUGAAGAGAACUCAGCGGUACCUGGCAGAGGAACAUCAUCAAACUCCAGUUCAGUACGGUGCCUACGCCGGAGUCGGAGGAAUCAGCAACGUCAUCAAACUGAUGUUCGCUGGCAUGAUGUUCUGGUUCUUAGUCAAGUUCAGUUUUGGGAGAAAUCUGCUGAUUAAGUUCCCCGAGUUCUUCUCAUUUGGAGUGUUCUCGAAGGCUGGACCAAGUAAAAAGCAGAUGGAAGCUUCCUCCUUCCAGUUUGCCUUUCUUGGAGAGGGCUACACCGAGGGCCUGGACCCUUCACAGGGAAAACCAAAUGGGAAGAUCCGCAUCCUAGUCCAGGGACCAGAGUGUGGAUAUGUGGCCACGCCCAUCGCCAUGGUCCAGGCUGCUCUGACCAUCCUUCAUGAACCUGCAGCUCUGCCCAAGAGGGGAGGGGUCUACUCUCCUGGAGCUGCUUUUGCAAAGACCUCUCUGAUUGAGAGACUCAACAAACAUGGAAUCCAGUUCUCAGUGAUCUAGUUUAUCUGGUUGAUGAUGGCGAGGGUGAUGAGGGUGAUGAUGAAGAAGUGUUCCAGCUUUCCUGGUCUUUUACUACUUACUAACUGUUAUGUGUUCAUGAUGUUGUUUUCACUGGAUCAGUCAUGAAAACCUUUCUUUCUAACCAGAUAAAGGUUUGUGAUUGGCUCGAGCAGGUUGUUGACAGAACAACCUCUCACAUGAACAUUUUACUGUAAGACACAUUCAAUAAACACCAAUAAAAAAAAACAAACAAUCA